AUGGACGUCUUCCGCGUGCGGCUGAACUGCAUAGACCAUUAUCAAGCCAUCCCUACGAUAUAUGACCCUCAACUUCGCAAUGAUAUCCGUCCAUCCCAAUUGAACAAGGAACCCAGAGUUCCUGUCAUCAGAGUUUUUGGCUCGACAGAAACAGGCCAGAAAGUCUGCGCGCAUAUCCACGGCGCAUUUCCGUACUUAUACAUUGAGUAUAAUGGGAGUUUACUUCCCGAUGAUGUGGGUGCUUAUAUAUAUCGCCUUCAUCUCUCUAUUGAUCACGCCUUGGCUGUGAGUUACCGUCGUAGUGCUCAUGAUGGAAAGAGCAAGUAUGUGGCGAGGAUAACCCUCGUCAAGGGAAUCCCGUUCUACGGGUUCCACGUCGGCUAUCGAUUCUAUCUUAAAAUAUAUAUGCUUAACCCCCAGGUUAUGACCCGGCUUAUCGAGCUACUUCAACAGGGAGUCAUUAUGAAGCGGAAGUUUCAGCCUUUUGAAGCACACUUGCAAUAUCUAUUACAAUUUAUGACCGACUAUAACCUCUAUGGGUGCGGAUACAUAGAAUCCCAAAAGGUCUAUUUCAGGGCCCCGGUGCCCGAGUAUAAGAAUGACUUAGAACUACCUCAUCUAUGGCAUAGUCAGUCAGUCUCGACGAAAUUCAUCACCGAGGAUCCGGAUCUUCCCCGUGCUAGUCAUUGCUCGAUCGAAGUCGACAUGUGUGUUCAGGAUAUCCUUAACCGGCACGAAAUCAAGGAGAGGCAACUUCAUCAUGAUUUCAUCGAGAGGAAGUACCCCCUAUCUCCCGAUCUGAAACUUGUCCACAGCAUGGCGGGACUAUGGAAGGAUGAGACGAAGCGUCGUAAAAGAAAAAUGCUCGGCAGAACACCGGGAAGCAGCCCGUUCCCUCCGGAGGCUUUAGUUUCUAUGUCUGCAGACCCACGCAAUUCACAGCCAUCCGGGUGGGUUCAUGAGGAAGAAUUCAGGGACCAGAUCCAGGGGUUAAUACAGCAAGAGCAUGAGCAGAGCAAUGGUGGAGAGGUUGCUUUUGAUACCUUCGUCAAGGACAUACCUUUAGGAUCUACUGUCAAAACUUUACUGCAGUCUGUCGAGGAUCUUUAUCCCGAUAACCUGGAAUCUAUGCUUGGUAUAACAAGCCAACGGUUUGAAAACGAUGAGAAUCCUACUAGCAGUAUCAUUGUGGAUGACAAACGCGAAGGGAAUCCCACAGGAGCAAACAGAUUGCCACAUCAGGAUACCGACAAUAGUGGUUCGCAUACCCGAUCUGACGCACUCAAGUCGAUAAGCUCGAGUAUCGACUCAGAAAAGGAGAAUCGUCCAGAACUACUUAUCAACGGAGUGUACGUUAGUUGCUUGCGUACUAAGAACCGACGACACAUCCCAGUCUCGGAUGUUCUGUUAGAUAUUGCAAAGGAGCAAGGAAUGGUGAGCAAAGCUCCUCAGGAUAUACAACAUACCCUGCCCAAAAGGGCCGCAAAGCGUGCACACUCGCCGUUUCAGGGAGAAAGGGAAGCAAAGCACCGUCGCGUAGGUUUUGCUUCUACUCUAAGUGCGGAUAAAACAAGCAUUAUAGAGAAACCAACAGCGAAUCCAAGAGAGCCAACCGGACGAGAGGUUCAAGUAAUAUCUACGCAGGCCACGCAAUUGAGAUCAAAGAAAACCCCAAAAGGAUCCGGAAACCAUACGCUUAAUUUUCCAGUCGUCAAGAACCCCAACGAUCCAAGCACCAGAUUGCGACUAAGCCAACAAACAAGCUCUCAGAAAAGUGACAAUGGCGAGCUUGAGAAGCACGUCAGAUUCAGCUCAUGGACUUCGACAGAUGCUGCUGCUCAAAACUCGAUUUUGCACACGGACAAACUGGAGCCUGAUAAUUAUAUGAAAGAGAGUACGAAAGGAAGGGAUAUUGUAAAUUUUAUCGAUGUUGGAUGUAUCCCUCGUCCCCAAGCGCAAUUCUUCAUUUUUGGUCAACCUCCACCCUCGGCAGAAGAGAUUUUGUCUACCAUGGAUUCUCUAGAUCGCCCUAGCGUCAUAUAUCAAGAUGCAUUCUAUAGCAACGAGAAAGAUGUCCCUCAAAGAGUUCGGGAGUAUGCUGGUCAGGAAUUUCGUCUUGAAGGCAAUACAUUGCCAUAUCUUCCAGAUUUUGACCCAACAGGAGCAUCUCCAGCCAAUUUUGGCGUGAAAUCGGAGGUGCCUAAUGAUGCCGAGAGGGAUGACCAGGUUUAUAAGAAACUACGUCAGGAAUGUUCACUAAGGAGCUGGGAAAUCGCGGAGCCGCCACCUAGUUUUGACGAAGUACGGACUUGGUGGGCGAAAACGCAGGAGAUGGCAAGCAAUUCCCAAGAGCCCGUAAUAAAACUUCGCGACCCUGAGCUCAAGCCAUAUCUAUCACAGAUUGACGGACCCACCCCUCGAAAUAAGCAUAACUUUAAGUAUUCCCAGAAAAAGAAGUCUACAAGUGUUCAGCAUGAAGCUCAAUACAUGAGUACGAUGAGCUUGGAGGUACACGUCAACACCAGGGGCAAGCUUUUUCCAAAUCCGGAAGAGGAUGAGGUUCAAUGUAUUUUCUGGUGCUCCAAGUCAGAUGAGAACUUCGCCACUGGUGAUAAUGCAUCAGAGUCGAUCCACUCAGGUAUCAUUGUUCUCUCCGAGGACGGGUGUUUGGCACGAAGAAUGCAAAAGCAGAGUCCAAUUCUAACUGAGAUUAUUGAAGAAUCAUCGGAACUCGACUUGAUGGUGAGGAUGGUCGAGAUUGUUAGGACGCACGACCCUGAUAUCCUUACUGGCUACGAAGUUCACGGUAGCUCCUGGGGAUAUUUAAUCGAAAGAGCAAGAUUCAAAUAUGACUAUAAUCUGUGCGACGAAUUCUCGCGGAUGAAGAAUCAGUCAUUCGGGCGAUUUGGAAAGGAAGCAGAUCGAUGGGGCUUCAACACUACUUCAACUAUUCGAGUUACGGGUAGACAUAUGGUCAAUAUCUGGCGUGCCAUGAGAUCGGAACUCAAUCUCCUUCAGUACACGAUGGAGAAUGUUGUGUGGCACUUGUUGCAUCGACGAAUUCCGCAUUACCCCUGGCAGACCUUAACGGAAUGGUAUGUCGGAGGGAGGCAUCAUGGCCUAGGCAAGCUCCUUCGAUAUUACCUGAGCCGAACAAAGCUCGACAUAGAGAUCCUUGAAGCAAACGAGCUCAUCCCACGUACAAGCGAACAAGCACGACUACUAGGUGUGGACUUCUUUUCUGUUUUCUCUCGCGGAUCCCAGUUCAAAGUAGAGUCGAUCAUGUUCAGAAUUGCAAAACCAGAAAACUUUAUAUUAGUUUCGCCCGAUAGAAAACAGGUCGGGGGUCAGAAUGCCCUUGAAUGUCUCCCUCUUGUCAUGGAACCUCAAAGUGCAUUCUACAAUAGUCCAUUAAUCGUCCUCGACUUUCAGAGUCUAUACCCUAGUGUCAUGAUCGCAUACAAUUACUGCUAUUCAACUUUCCUCGGUCGUAUUGUCAACUGGCGCGGUACGAACAAGAUGGGGUUUACGGAUUAUCAGCGGCAACAGAGGCUUUUGGAACUGCUUAAAGAUCACAUCAACAUAUCGCCUAACGGCAUGAUGUACUGCAAGGCAGAAGUUAGAAAGUCCUUAUUGGCAAAGAUGUUGACAGAAAUUCUGGAAACACGAGUGAUGGUGAAGAGCGGUAUGAAGCAGGAUAAAGACGACAAGACUCUGCAGAAGCUCCUCAACAAUAGGCAACUUGCUCUAAAGCUACUUGCAAACGUUACAUAUGGAUAUACGUCAGCCUCAUUCUCAGGUCGCAUGCCGUGCUCCGAAAUUGCAGAUAGCAUCGUGCAGACUGGACGUGAAACUCUCGAGAGAGCAAUAGCCCUAAUACAUUCGGUGGAAAAGUGGAAAGCAGAAGUCGUCUACGGCGAUACUGAUAGCUUAUUCAUCUAUCUACCGGGCAGGACUAAAAACGAGGCGUUUGACAUUGGCAACGAGAUUUCUAAAGCAGUUACAGACAUGAAUCCUCGGCCGAUCAAGCUUAAGUUCGAGAAAGUCUAUCACCCAUGUGUUUUGCUUGCGAAGAAGCGCUACGUCGGCUACAAGUACGAGAGCAAAGAUCAGGUCAAGCCUGACUUUGACGCAAAGGGUAUCGAGACGGUUAGGAGGGAUGGGACACCUGCCGAACAGAUGAUAGAGGAAAAGGCGCUCAAGAUCCUCUUCGAGACAGCUGACCUCAGUCAAGUUAAAUCCUAUUUCCAGAAACAAUGCGAAAAGAUUAUGCGCGGAGCUGUGUCGAUGCAAGACUUCUGCUUUGCGAGGGAGGUUAAGUUGGGAACUUAUAGCGACAAGGGAGCACCCCCACCAGGCGCCUUGAUCAGUACGAGGAAGAUGCUUGAAGAUGCGAGGGCGGAGCCUCAGUACGGCGAGCGGGUUCCUUACGUUGUUAUUUCGGGAGCCCCUGGAGCACGUCUUAUCGACCGCUGCGUGGCACCUGAGGAGCUACUUACUAGCCCGCAUCUUCAACUAGACUCAGAAUACUACAUCUCAAAGAAUCUAAUCCCGCCGCUCGAGCGCAUCUUCAACCUCGUCGGGGCUAACGUACGGCAGUGGUACGACGAAAUGCCCAAAGUACAACGGAUCCGGCGCGUGGAUCCGACUGCCUACGGCGGCGGGAAGAACCCAUUCGCCAAGAAGACGCUAGAAUCAUACAUGAAGGCCGCAGCCUGUCUAGUCUGCGGCUCAAAAGUUAAAACCGAGGGCUACUCGGUGUGCACGAGAUGUCGGCGCAACGCGCCAGCCUCGCUCCUCAAGUUGCAGGCGCAGCUUAAUCGCGAAGAGACGAAGUUAAUGGAGGUAACGAAGAUAUGCCAGAGCUGCGCGGGGCUCGCGCCGCUAGACAGCGUGCCUUGCGAUAGUAAGGACUGUCCUGUGUUUUAUACGCGAAUGAAGCAGGUCGCGCGGUACAUGGCGGAGAAGAGUGUUAUAGAGCCGGCUGUGAAGCAGCUUCUGGAGGGCGAGGUUGAGGUAGAGGAGUUGGAUUGGUAG